AUGGCUGGACUGCAACCCCCCUCUAAAACGGUCAAGACCCGCUUCCUAAUCAUCUCCGACACGCACACCGCACCCCUCGUCGACUCCAGCCAGAAUGAGCGGGCGCGCGACAGGGCGUUCCGGGCGCCGCUGCCUGCUGCCGACGUGCUGCUGCACUGCGGCGACAUCACCAUGAUGGGCCACCUGGACGAGUACGAGGCCGCGCUCGACAUGCUCGGCGCCAUCGACGCCCCGCUCAAACUCGUCAUUGCCGGCAACCACGACCUCAGCCUGGACGAGGAAUUCUACCUGGGCCAGAGCCGCGGCGUACCGUCGGCCUUCACCAACGGCCAGCGCAUGCAUCGCAAGAAAUACGACCCGGACAUGCCGCGGAAGGCGAAGGAGAUGUGGAAGGGCGAGAAAGCGAAGGCGAAAGGCGUAACGUACCUCGACGAAGGCACGCACCAUUUCGUGCUGCAGAACGGCGCGAGGCUGAAUGUCUACGCGUCCCCGUGGCAGCCCGAGUUCUUCCAGUGGGGCUUCAACUACGACCACGACAAUGACCGCUGGAACCCGCCGCACCUCUCCGCUCCAGACGCCGUCAACGUCGCCGUCAACCCGCUGCCUGAGCACUGCCAGCCCGGCGAGAUCGAUGUCGUAAUGACGCACGGUCCGCCCAAGAACCGGCUGGAUCUCACGAGCUCCAGGCUCGCGGUCGGGUGUCCGCACAUGCUGCGCGCCAUAGAGAGGACGCGACCAAGGCUUCAUGCGUGGGGCCACAUCCACGAGGCUUGGGGCGUUGAGAGAGUCGAGUGGCCAGCGGACCGGGGGAGCAAGACCGACGCCGGGAUUGACCAAUUAGUGAAGAAGGCUGAGAAAUACGCGUUCGCCGGGGCCGACCUAAUCAAGGACCGCGCCGCGUUUGUGGACGUCAGCGGGGGUGCAGAUGCUCCGUUGAGGCUAGCAGAGGAAACGGUCAUGGUUAACGCCAGUAUCAUGGAUCUGUCGUACACACCGAGUAAUGCGCCCGUGGUGGUGGACCUGGACCUGGAGUAUAACAAGGCGUGA